GAAGGUAACUAAAUAGCGUCAGCGUGUGUGAAAACUAACUACAUACACUAAAAUAUGUAUGCCCUCCCUUUGUGGUGAUCUGUGGUACUAGUUAUGUGUAUACCCACAGCAUUGCAAUAGAAAUUUAUGGUUAAGUUAAGCCAGAGUUCGAUUAUUUUUUCUGGAAUUCUUUACAGUUCUACACGCUGAAUAGAAAUACUUGGACAAACUGGAAUAGUUUAAUUCAACAACAAUUAAAUCGGCAAUAUCCAUUCGAAAGAAAUGAAGCCAGUCAUCGCUACUAUUGCCCUGAUGAUCAUCGGGGUCACACUGACCUCAGCUGUGGACAAUUACCAAGCCAAGUGCACAAUAACUCAAGGAGCGGGGAUAACAGUGGACUCGUGUGAUGCAUCGAAAUUUCUGUCAUGCCAGUCUGGAAGGUGCAUGUGUAAUGACAUUGGAAACCAAUUGUACGACUACCACUUGGAACCAGAGAAGGUCAACUCGCGUACUAAACGAGGACUGAAAAAGAAAAUUGCUGCAGGCGUGGCAGGAGGAGCGGUCGGGUACGUGGCUGGCAAAGCAGUCUCCAAAGGAAUCUCUGGGAAGCGACAAGAAACUAAGCUCAACAAGGUCUUCUCGUGCUACGGACGAGUUUCAAGCGUCUGCGCUCUAGAUUAUAACAACGUCGUCAACAACAAUAUCAAUGUUGUCCCACUGACCACAACCACCACCUCGACGACGACGACGACUACAACAGAGACACCCAGCAUCAACACCACAAUUUCCGCUCAAGAAUUGUCCAACGUUACUACUACUACGACCCCCAGCACCAGUUCUACUCCAACUACACAGGCUCCAGUGGUGUACGACAUCACAAAAAUGCCAAAGUGUAUUCGUCAUGCAGUAUGUACCCGUCAAACGCCUUCAACCUCAACAAAUGGCCACAUUGUAAAGACCGAUAUGGACCCCCGAAUUGGAGUCUGUGCUUGCGAACCAGGCUACACCGCGACAGCCACGGACAAGUGCGAAAAAUCUGGAAGCUCGCAAAUUCUUUCUAGUCUUCCAAUCCUAUUGCCAAUGCUCUAUGCAAGUGUGAUAGCUAAAUUUUUCUAAAUAUUGUCAUAAAAAAUGCUGACGGCAGGAGGUCGAAAUGUAAGACAUGGUACGCAGAGACUGAAUUACUCUUCUUUAAACUGUAUGAGCUCAAUUCUUCCAACACAGAACAAAUGUCACAUUACAUAUUUUAUUUUUAAAAUUCUCAAAUUGAUAACUGCUAUAUCCAUUACAAUUCUAUAUCUUAUUUAUAUAAUAACUCUGUAUUUUAUCCAAUAAACUGUUUGAUAUUUUCA